GUCCUUUGUUUGAACCACUUCACUGCUUGCUUGUUCCCUUGCUUGCUAAUUGCUUGCUUGCUUGCUUGCUUGACGGAUCCGAAUCGAUAUCGGACCACAGGAACGGCACGCAUGGAGCGUUGGUUGGGUGAGUCGGAGGACAGCGUCUGGCAUAGCUGUGGAGUCUGUUUACGACACCGGGGUAAUUCAUUGUGGCUAGACGGGAUGGGACAAGCCUGGCCCACUCCAACUUUCUGCGGGAGAAAUUUGUGCCUCUGCUGCGAGGCCAUCCAUUCACAUUCCCGCGGCAUCUUUGCGCAAGGCUUGCUUUUGCUGCAGCUACUACAUCCCGCGACGAUGGAUUUGGUCUUGCUCCCGAAGGACAAAUCGAGAUUCUACGCGACUGCGGGCCUUGCGAGUCACAAUAACACACCGACAUUCGUGACUGAUGCAUCCGAGUGGCCCCUCGGUCAAAAUGUGGCUUUCCAUGCAUCUCCUUCCCGAUGUCCAUCAGUCGCUCAACAACGCUCAAGCGCAUGCCUUCGCCUCUGCGCACAGACCUUUGCUCGUCACCUGAUUGGGGCGCACCGCUUCGUAUAAGAGAAUCGCCAAGGCUUGUGCAUCAUUUCCAACGCCUCUCCUUGUCACCCUUCCCCGCUUCAUCUCCCUCUCCCUCUCCCUCUCUUUCUUUCAGAGCUCCUCUCGACGCGCUGAUUCUCAGCUUGCCGCUUCUCAAACACAUCACUUUCGUCGAAGAGGGACGACCACCACCAUCCAACAUGGCAAGACCAGCCAUGCACCUGACUUUUGGUCAGACCGAUCGGGAAUUGUUCGCUCAGGCGAUGCAAGGCGAUCUCAUCUUCUGGCAUUUGCCCAAGGACGUUGCGGUCUCUUUUCAAGUGCUGCAGCAGCUCUUUGCCGCUUUCUUGGGCAUGGUGCUGUGGGAUCUGAUAAGCGCCUUGCCUUUUGACCUGUCGCUAUUGCGCGAGGCAGGGUGGAAGAAUCGAGUGAAGCUCACCAGCCGUUUGGCAUAUCUCACCUGCCGCAUACUCUCGCCUGCCGUGCUCACCCUCAUCCUGGUCUACAUUUCCGCUCCCGUGGGUCGAGAGUUGGGCCAAGAUGCGUGCGCAACUUAUGCGCGCACUUUCAACGUGCUGCUCGUUCCGCUGGCCAACGCGGUGCCUCUUGUCUUCAUCAUGCGCACGCUGAGCCUCUACGAGUGGCAGCGACGCGUGGCCAUGCCUGUCCUAGGCCUCUGGGGCAUCGUGUUGGUGCUGAGCUGCGUCAGCCUGCCAUACUACGGCAAGGGUCUGGACAUUCCAGAUGGCAGCGGAUGGUGCCACUACGACACCCAACGCAAGCUGCGCACCGUAUACAAUGUUGCUUACAAGGUGCCGGCGCUCCUCCAAGACGUGGUCAUCAUGCUUUUGACCCUGCACAGACUCUUGCAAGGCGGUCUGCAGAGCCUCUUGAGACCGUCUGGCUGGAAACGCUUCGGCAUGACCUCGCUCUCCAAGGUGCUCAUCGCACAAGGUUUCCGCUUCUUUGUCCUCAACAUCGUCGUCGACGUCAUCUUCAUCUUCUUCUACUUUCACUGGCCCGCGCACUUGGUCAGCUACCAAGUGGCAGGCGCCGCUCUGCUCUUCUCCGUGCCUCCCAUGCUGGCCGGAAAGGUUUUCAGAGAUUCGAAGCGCGUCAUCGUCAAGGCGCAGCUGGAAGAGAUGGCGCGCAAUCAGAGAAGCGCCGGCCCAGCAUCCUCCGAUGACAGGUAUUCCGCACGCACUCGCCAAUACCGAGCAGGUGCUCUGGGCUACCUCAACACCUCAUCCGACCACGUCGGUCUCAGCAGUGGGAACGCCACAGAUCGCGAUGACGAAUACUCGCGAGCUGCGAAUCAGAUCAACAUUCUGCCCUACAGCCAAGCAGACUUGGUCUCUUCGCCCGUUCAGCGGACACCAGCUCCAGCAUACGCUUCACCACUCUCCCCAUCCGGAUCUGACGGCAGCAUGAAAAUGGAAGAGGACUACCUCAACGCCAAGCGCCGCACACCAAGCGAAGGCGGCAGAUCACCAAGGCUGCCGGACACGGACAGCUUUGCACCGGCAAACGACGCUCACUUGACGUUGCCACCGAUUCCUGCGAGAUCCCACAGCAUGGACUUGCGAUAUCCCCCUGUGCGUAGCCGCCGACGAGGUUCGAGCGAUAGUCGACUACCGGUGGGCUUGGCAAUCUCGUGCGAAGACAUCGAGUCGUCCAGACGCUGCAGCUCGUACCGCAAGCCCGUAUGCUUUCCAAGCUCGCCCCGCUCGAUCGAUGAAAGACCAUUUAGUCAAGCGGCACAAAUCUCCCACGGCGGGUCCAUCACUCGAUCUAUCGGGUCGAGAAGAGGCACCGACAGGUCUGCUAGUCAACAGUCCGAAGCGAGCUCUAGCAGACAUGCAUGCAGCAGCACCAGCAACGUGAGCCGCAAGAGUCACGGUGGUCGAGCAAGUCUUGCGCGUCGUGUCAAGGGUCGAUCCAGCUUUGGAGUGAGCAUCGACUCGGACGAGGAAGCGUUUGGCAUGCUUGAUGGUAGGAGUGCGGUUCAGACCGCCACCAGCCAAGAGCUUGCUUCCGCCUCUACCAACCUUGCGACUCUGAGAAGCCGCAGCGCACCAAGCUCACCCGCUUCGGCCGUCUCCGCCCUCCACUGCACUUCACCUCCUGCAAUGUCGGCGUGCGAUGCCAUCGUGGGCUCUCCCCAGCAGCGGCAGCGGCAGCAUCGUAGUCACGAAGAUGAGGAAGAGGAGGAGGAGGAGGAGCAAGAUGUGGGAGAGGCUAUUUCUGAUUCGGAAACGGAAGCUGUAGGAACGUUUACGCGGAUGCACAUCCUUCCCACUCACUCUCUCGACUCGGCACGACGCUCCGAUCAUCGCACUCCGCACGCUCUUUGAUCUUUUUGUUUUCGGGGGAAAACCUUCUUUCUGCCGCAAUGACGUAG